CAACUCCUCCUAUAUCUCCAUUCAGUUGCACUGCCUGCAGCUGCUGCUGUGCUGAGAGCUGUGAUAGCAGGUGAUCGCCCUUAUUUGGUAAUGACCCAGAUCAUGUGACCACAAAAUGGUGGAAGCUGUGAGCUGUUUGUAAGCUGAGCAUCUCCACCGAGAGGCUGGGAGAAAAGGAAAUAGGCAGGGAACUUGGAAGUACAUCCAUGCUCUGAGACGCAAAAGGACAAGAGAUUCCCGAUCCCCAGCAGUGGUCCUCCUGGGGAUGGACCUGGCAUCAGAGAGUAAAAUGAACUCUGAGGGGGGCGAAGGCAGACCCGUCCCUCCUACCUCUCUACCCCUGCAAGGAGGUCCCACCCAAAGAAAAAAGCUAUCUGCCCCUCGAAUCAGCCUGUCACUGGACCAGAGUGAGGAUGACUUGGGGGAGACGCCAGAUGAUCUCGACAUUAACGUUGACGACCUUGACACUCCUGAUGAGGGGGAUUACCUCGACUACACGGACCAUGAAAUGGACUGGGAAGACCCCAAUGCAGCCAAUAGGAGCGGAACAAGUGAGCCUUACAAUCCAAUCCCGACAUACAGCGCUGAAGAGGAGCGCCAGGACGGCAAACUAUGGAGGACAGUCGUCAUUGGGGAGCAGGAGCACCGCAUCAACAUGAAGAUCAUUGAGUCCUACAUGAGAGUCAUCUCCCAUGGAGGCUACUAUGGCAACGGAGCGAAUGCCAUCAUAGUGUUUGCUGCCUGUUUCCUGCCAGACAGCGACAGAGAGGACUACCAUGAAAUAAUGGAGAACCUCUUCCUCUAUGUGAUCAGCACACUGGAGCUGAUGGUGGCAGAGGACUACAUGAUCGUGUACCUGAAUGGAGCCACACCCCACAGGAGAAUGCCUGGCCUUGGUUGGCUGAAGAAAUGCUAUCACAUGAUUGACAGAAGACUCAGGAAGAAUUUGAAAUCCUUCAUUAUUCUCCAUCCGUCAUGGUUUAUCAGGACUGUUCUAGCCAUCACCAAGCCCUUCAUCAGCACCAAGUUCAGCAGUAAGAUUAAGUAUAUGAACAGUUUGGACGAACUACAGGAAUUCAUCCCGAUGGAUUGCAUCCAGAUCCCAGAGUGCAUCAUUAAACUUGACAAGGAACUGAAGGAAGCAGCGGAGAACUCAAAAAUGAAUAGUUUUCUGCUGGGACCGGAGCCAGCAGCAGGCGGAACAGACAGACCAGACGUAGCCGGUGCCAGCAGCUCUUAAACCCAAAUAUCCUAAAUGGAUGGGUCAUCUCAAUGUUCUGAAGUCACGUAUUGUACGGGUGAAGCUGGAAAACAAAGUCAAAGGCUUGUAAAGCUAGUGUGUAUGUUUGUGUCUUAGUGUUUGUCAAUUAGACACGGGAGUUUAAUAUGAAAACACAACUUGCAAUAGUUCCUGUUAACACUCAAGAGUUAGUUCUCAUUCUUUAUGGCUGCUGUAGCAUCUCCUGUACCUUUUACACCUGCAAUCCAGAGAACUAUAGUCAGGGGUGAUGCUUGGCAGCACCUACAGAGUAGCAGCGUCGUUCAUGGAGGGGUAGAAAAUGUAAUUACACACCAGACAGUGCACUGCGCAAAUCUAUUUGUAGAGUCUAUUGUGUUGUAGUUGUGUGCAUGAGAAGCAAUAAUACCCCCCUUUACUGGUCACACACUCAGUAUUUCAGAUAAAGAGGGGACUUGUGUGACCUCAAUCUACAAUAAAAGCACAUCGUGUGGCCAAAAAACCCUUGUGCCAUAGAUGACCAACUACUGCAUUUAAGCAAUCCAAAAAUAUUUGAACUUUAAAGCGUCUAUCUGAAACCAAGUUAUCAGUGCAAUUUGAGCGCAUGUCUUUUUAGCUCUGCAAUGUGUGUGUUUGUUUUCAAUCCGUAUGUCAGAUACAUCAACUGGAAAUCUCUUCAGCCUCUCCUGGAUCAUCAGGAAGAAACCUCAGAGAAAUAAGGAUGGCAUUUCUGUAAAGCACAAUAUCCUGUUUGUGCAUCAGUGCAUGUCCCCUCAUUGAUACUAAUGAUCCUCUUACCCAUGAGUCUUCUAUGGUGUAUUGAGGAUGUGCAAAGAAAUAAUGGAUCACUGUCUAGUAAUUCAAUAAAAAUGGACUGAAGUCUGAACGUUGUUUU